AUGUCUACCACUGUUAAUAAUAAUGAAGCCUCUAGUAGUAGUACCUCUGCCUCUAAUAGCGCUGAAUCCUUUGAUUUAAGAAUGAAAUCAAUGGAGGAUCAAAUCAACAACCUUUCCUUAGCCUUUACAAUAUUCAUGAAAGAACCUAUGUUCUCAUCUAAUACCAACUCACGUAGCCAACCUUCUCAUGAUAACUCUGACACCGAGCAUGAACAAAGUGAAGAUGAAUCAAGUAACAAUGUCGAUGUUCCAACCGAUUAUCAAUUAUCCGAUACCUUACUUGGUCAGUACAAACAUAUGAUAAACAAUCAAAGUUUACUUGUCGAAGAAGAAUGUAUCCUCAAGAAAGAUGAGAUAUCCGAAUUGAA